UCCAGGAAAUAGCAAGUUACGAGGACGUCAUGUGAUAAACUGGCAGAAGUUCAGUUCAGCGUCCCAGAAAAGUUCAUCGCGCCAGCCAGAAACUGCGUCGCGUUUACUUUCUCUGCGUUUCUAAUUCUCCCCCACCUUUCCCCCCCCUCUUCUUUCCUUUUUUUUUUUUUUGGGAAAAACAUACAAAGGACAAGAUGGAUUUUGGGGUGAUCGUUUCCAAGACCGUGCUGCUAUUUAUCAGUUUCCUCUUCUGGGGUGCAGCAGCUGGACUUCUCUAUGUUGGCGCGCACAUCCUCAACGCUUACAAGGAAUACGACCCUUUUCUUCAUAACCGAGAUGCUCUCUUGCCCCCCCUCAUUAUCAUUGCCGUUGCUGUGGUCAUGAUGGUCAUUGGCAUAGUUGGCUGCUGUGCCACCCUUCGUGAAUCCAAGAUUGGCCUCGGAGUGUUCUUUGUCAUUAUCCUGCUGAUCUUCACUGCAGAAAUGGCAGCCUUUGUGCUUGGAUUUGUUUACAAAGGAAAGAUAAUAGCCGAGUUCCAUGACUCUAUGUCGAAAGCAUUUGCAGCCUACGAUGGAAAAUCAGAACACUCUCGUAGUGUGGAUUACCUGCAGCAGCAGCUUCAGUGUUGUGGUAUCCAAAACUACACUGACUGGAUUGGGACCCAGUGGUUCAACACUAUAGGCAACCACAGUCUUCCUCAGAGCUGCUGCAAGCAAGGUUCGGCUUUCAAGAAUUGUACAGGACAGCUAAGUGAGAAGCAUCUUUUCAACACACAAGGCUGUGAAAAGACCAUGGAUCUCCGUGACCUGCUCAAUUACGCGAUGCUCAUUGUCUUGGGUUUUGCCAUUGUGAAGUUUUUUGGAAUGCUUAGGAUCUGCAUGUUGGCCUGCAAGACGGAAAGCCAAGGGUAUCAGUCCCUGAGCACCGGAGUCUUUGCCUGACCAAGAAAUCGAGGACUUUUCCUUUUGGGAUCUCCAUGAACAAAAAUGGAAAAGAGUAGAAAGCAUUAGCCUACUUUUUAUGAAAUCCCAAAGGAGAUUACACUGGCUUUCAGAAGUCAUAUUAAAGGUGGUUGGCAUUAACAUCCUGAUAAGCCUGAGAUUUGUCAGAUAUCGUUGAAAUUAAGGUGCCCUUUUUAAAACAGCAGAUGGAGACAUUCACCAGAAAAGGCAGACCAACGCCUGCGAUUCCAGUGGCUGAUAUAAUUUGUGAAUCUAUCCUUGAAGAGACUUAAAAGAAAUUAUAUUUCCCUGAUUGGCUGGGCCAUUGGCAUAUGGUAAAGAGCUAGGUGCUUAUAGCAAAUCUCUAAAAUCCAGUGGAAAAUAGCUAAACGUUAGACAUGUUGAAAUCCACUCUGAGAUAAAUGUUGAGAAUAUAGCAUGCCUUGGAUUGAAGCUGGAUUCUUCUCCCAAGAAAAGUUGCAGGUAUGAAUGCUGACAAUUUCUUUUACUCUAGACUGACAUUUUCUAGAGUAACUUGAGAGAUUUAGACAUAGGCAGACUUUUAUCUGGGAGUGACCAGCUUUUCUAACAGAAUAUCCAUUAAAUGUCUGACCGUAUGAAUUCUUUUGCUCUUUUGCUUGAGUUAGGUCAGAAAUGCAUAUAAGAUUCCAUUUUUUUUUAGCUCAUGAUGAAUUCUGGUGGUAAAA